GACCCGGAAGCACAUGUCCGUGGUAAACAUACAGGACAGUCUCACGUGUGCGCUCUGGUCCAGUUCUGUGCGCUCUGGUUCGGUCCUGUGCGCUCUGGUCCAGUUCGCUUCGCUCUGAUUCGGUUCUGUGGGGUCUGGUUCGGUUCUACAGUGGAUCAUGGAGGAGGGAGGCUUCAUCAAACUGCCGGCGUCUGAGCCCCGGGAGCCGCGGAGGAAGAAGCCGAAGCCCGCAAAGUCUAACCCGGAGAAGGAGGCCGAGCAGCGGUCACAACACGCCCAGAAAGUCGCGGUGCUCGGUGCAGAGGACAGCUCCGUGCGCCUCCUGGAGGAGCUGGUGUUCGGGAACGAGGAGCAGCUACUGGACCAACUGGGACAGGAGAAGGAGGACCCUGAGGCUGCGCUGGGACUGGACGAGAGCAGUGAAGAUGAUGAAAGGUCAUGUGAUGAAGAUGAGCAGCAGCCGCCAAACAAACGCGCUGCCUGGGUCGACGAGGACGAUGAGACCGAAGAGCAGGUGGACUUGACUCACAGAUUCCGCAGAGACUUGGUGAAAGGAGGAGAGUCGUCGCUGAGUAAAUCUGACCUGCAGCAGCGCAUGAAAGAGAGGUUCCAGAGGGCGAUGGGCGGGACUCCGGCCUGGGCUAAAAUCGACCCAAAACAAGAAAAAAAAAAGAAAAGGAAACCAGCUGAGGACUCAGACUCUGAUGAAGACGAAGAUCUGACCAGAAAAACAGGAACCUUCACAAGGACAUCAGAGAACCUACCCAAAGGAAUCCUCAAGAUGAAGAAGUGUCUUGAUGCUAACUCGGCUCGUGGCUCUUCAGACUCUCUCACGUCGGUGCAGUUCCAUCCAAACGCUCAGGUUGUCAUGACGACGGGCAUCGACCAAUCACUGUCUCUAUUUCAGGUGGAUGGUCAGUUGAACCCUCUGGUCCAGAGUAUCUUCUUGGAGAACUUUCCAGUGUUUAAGGCUCGGUUCUCCUCAGACGGUCUCACAGUGAUGGCCACCAGCUUCAAGAACAAACUUUUCUACCUCUACCACAUGAUGGAGGGCAAGGUCACGCCCGUGUCAGGAGUCAGAGGUCUGAAUGAGGCGCGUGUGAAGGAGUUCUCAGUGUGUCCUGUAGGGGAUGCGGUUCUUCUGACGGGGACCAGAGGGUACCUGCACCUGCUCUCUCUGAAGACAAAUGAGAUCGUCCGCAGUCUGAAGCUGAACGGAGACGUCAGCUCGGUGGCUUUCUCCUUCGACGGGGACAGAGUCUUCUCCAGCUCAGAGGAGGGCGAGGUAUUCGUGUGGGACCUCAGAUCUUCUCGGUGUCUAAACAGAUUCACAGACGACGGUUGUGUCAAAUCCACCUCCAUCUCCACGUCUCCCAAUGGACGCUACUUGGCCUGUGGGUCUCAGUCUGGUGUGGUGAACAUCUACUCUUUGGAUUCGUGUGUCUCGUCUUCUCAGCCCAAACCUCUGAAGUCCAUCAUGAACCUGGUGACCCCAACCACAACUCUGCGCUUCAACCCCACCUCAGAGCUGCUCGCGCUGGGCUCCAGAGCUGAGGACGAGGCCGUGCGACUGCUCCACGUUCCCAGUCUCACAGUAUUCUCAAACUUCCCUGUCUCCAAGAGGAAGAUCUGCCACAAAGUCCAGGACAUGGCCUUCUCCCCCCACAGCGGCUUCUUCUGCCUGGCCACAAACAAGGGACGCGCCCCCCUCUACAGGCUCCUACAUUAUAAGGACUUUUAAAGGCCCAAAUGAAAUAGGGAAUCUAAUGAACUGUCCAAGAUACUGAGACAGCCUGGACCAGGACUUCGGAUGUGGAUCUAAACCGGUCUAGACCAGAGACCAGAGCGUGAGGUUUUUGGAAACUCCAGCUGUGGACUUUACGACUGUUUUCCUUUUAUUGUUUGUAUACAAAUUCUCUAUAUAAAAAUGCAUAAAACUUUCUCCCAUGUUCUAAUGUCAUUCCCUCAUCAAAGACAUGAAGAGGUUUUAGAUGUCAUCCAUGCAUGUUUGAGUAAUGUAGGGAUCUUUCCCAGGUCCUAUAUUAAUCAUCCAUAUGGUUACCAUUACAAGCUUCUAGGAGGCCCCAACCAUAAGCCUACAUCAUGCUCCCACACGACAAUUCUCCAUAAAUAUACAAAAACAUGAUACAAAACUGUACACAGCAGCUUGACAAACCUGAUGUGAUGUGCAGUAGUUUCAUUAGUGGGAUGCAACUGAUUGUGUUAUGCUAGUGCUCUGAAGGGGGAGUGACUUAACGCAAAAAGCAAAGGGAGGGGAGACUCAGAGUGUCAAAAACCAAAGUGAAACUUACAAAACAUGUUAAUACGUUGUUUUGGGUGAAUAUAGCAUUUUCACAACAAAAGGAAACACGGUGAUCUGCAUAUGUUAUACGUUACAGUUAUACAAGUCCUGGGCAGGACUCGGAUGGGAGACCGCUGCAAAUACAAGUGACUGUUGUAUAUUAAAACUUGUGCUGUAUCAGAACAAAAGAAGAAGAACCACAUAGACUAGUCCACUCCCACAGACUACUAUGGAAACUACCUGGACCACUGAGAGAUGACACAGAUAUAAAACCACAUGGCAAGACAAAAGAAAGUACUAUCAUUUAAAUUUGAGAAUUGAGUCUAUUCUUUAGUAUCAAAAUCCAGUUUCCAAGUUUUGGUAUCAGAACAGGACUAGUGCCUACAGUAGCAUCUCACCAUAGAGUCAUAGUGAGUGAAUCGGGCUGUAACUCCAAACCUGUUUAAGAUUUUUUAUAUUUUUAAAUAUAUCUUUUACUUUCCUUUGGUCAGUGCAUCUGACCCUGAGGUGAAAAUCAUUUCAGGGACUUCAUCAUGAAGCUCAAUGAAAGAAGGACAAGGAUUUGAGCUCCACAAAGCAAAGGGAAAACAUUUUGAGGGUUUGAAUAUAAAAUGUAAAACAUUUAGUUGAGUUACUUGUUCUUUGCUCCAUAUGUCUUACAUCACAUAUUUAGUGUGUGUAACGUGUAGACCGACAUUCACUGGGGAGGUGUGUCCUGUAAAUGUGAAGCUUUACUUCUCUGUUCUCUGCAGGCGACACAAGUCUAUCUUUGUCUCCUUUACAUCAUUAUUACAGUGUGAAGAAGGCUCGUGUGUAGAAAAGUAAUCUACUGUGUGUAUUAUAUAUAUAAAAAUCUCC